CCCUUCUCCCGCCAUUUUCGGCGGGACUGGGAGGCUGAGGCCAGCGGCGCCCCGGAAGAGGCGGGCGGCAUGGCCGCCGGCGUGGACUGCGGGGACGGGUUUGGCGCCCGGCAGCACGUGUUCCUGGUUCCAGAAUAUUUAAAAGAUGCUUCAAAGAAGAUGAAAAAUGGGCUUAUGUUUGUAAAACUGGUUAACCCGUGUUCAGGAGAAGGAGCCAUUUACUUGUUCAAUAUGUGUCUACAGCAGCUGUUUGAAGUAAAACUUUUCAAGGAAAAACACCAUUCUUGGUUUAUAAAUCAAUCAGUUCAAUCAGGAGGUCUUCUCCACUUUGCCACACCCAUGGACCCUCUAUUUCUGCUUCUCCACUACCUCAUAAAGGCUGAUAAGGAGGGGAAGUUUCAGCCCCUUGAUCAAGUUGUGGUAGAUAAUGUGUUUCCGAAUUGCAUCUUGUUGCUGAAACUUCCUGGACUUGAGAAGUUACUUCACCAUGUGACAGAGGAAAGAGAAAUAGACAACAAGAAAUAUUACAAGUACAGCAAAGAGAAGACAUUGAAGUGGCUGGAAAAAAAGGUUAAUCAAACUAUGGCAGCAUUAAAAACCAACGGUGUAAAUGUCAGUACCCGGGUGCAGUCAACUGCAUUUUUCUCUGGUGACCGAGUUUCCACUGACAAGGAAGAGGAUUACAUUCGUUAUGCCCAUGGUCUGAUAUCUGAUUACAUCCCUAAAGAAUUAAGUGAUGACUUAUCUAAAUACUUAAAGCUUCCAGAACCUUCAGCCUCAUUGCCAAAUCCUCCAUCAAAGGUCAAGUCCAGUUGAAAUGUCUGAAAAAAGAAAACGUGGUCUCAACAUAGUCCCUUCCCCACUUUUUGGGAAACUGGAAAACUGCCUCUUGCCUUUCUGAUCAAUCAUUCAAGCAGGCGUGGAGCAACAGGAAAGGAGUCAGUGAUUACCUUGAAGUUUGAGUGUGGGCUGACUUUGCCAUGCUGCAGGCACCAUUUCUCUUCGCGUCUUCAGGACAAAUUGACUGUUGAUAAAUUUGCGAAUGCUGAAAAUGUUGAAGGUAAUUUGAGGAUGAAUGAUGGAGAAAUACUCAUUCAGUUGAAUCUUCUGGGUUUGGAGUCCUGGAACAUACUUCUGAAUGUUCACUCCAGCUUGCUUGACCUGUAGCUAUCCACAGAGGACAGAUUAAGACUGAGAAAUAGAAAGCAACCCUCCCUCCGCAUAAACUUCCCCUUGGAAAGAACAUUCUAGCCAUGUUCUGUGGCUCACUAUGGGGAAAGGGGGUCAGUAAUGGAAUCGACAACAUGGAAGUAAUGAAUUUUUUUAAUCAAUCGAAUCUGUGCUAAUGUCUGAAAGAGGAAAGAAUAGUCCAAGAGUGCUCAGAGGCUUAUUUCUGACUAAAGAGAAAUGAGGUUACAGCUCUCUAUUGGGCUAAUAGUUCCUCCGUAGCUCUCCGAGACAACUCUAUCUCUCACUGUCUCUCAAUUACUAAUGAAGAAACUAGAAAAUUCUGCAGCAUUGGAUGUAACGCCCAGGCCUAGGUGAAGAAAUCCAUCAGAGGGGUGGGGAGAUGCCUUUCACUGCUAUCUCCAGUGAUUGCACAGAAGGAAGAAGUAAAAUAGGUGUCCUUUAAGUGAGUUCAGAAUCAAUUCAGUUGACAUAUAUUUUAUCCAUGGAAAUAAAUUAACAACCCAACUCAAAUGGUUAUGCUCACAACUCUCACAGAGCAGUGGCAUGAGCUGACAUGGACCUCUCCCCCAUGUUCAAGGUGCAGAAUGUGAAGCUCAGUGGGAUAGUGACAUACGUGGUGGUCACAAGGAUGGGAAGAGAUCAUGGGUAGCAUUCCACCCUAUCGUUGCUACUGACUGUGUUCUGUUGUCUCUUUAUGUAGUGAAUUUUAGCAUCACUUCCUUUUUCCCUUUUUUCUAAUGGUAAACUUUCCCAUGCAUUUACCAGUUCAAACCUCCCUUUCUACCCUAUCAAAAAGAUCCAACAUUCUGGUUCCUGGAGGAUAUCACAAUAUGACAAGGAAAUCAAUGGUCCUGCCAGGGUAAACCCUAGUCUCCCACGCCCUGGGAAUUUCUCAGGGACUUGAAAAUCUUCAUAGAUUCAUAAGAGACUGUAAAUCAUGCUUACUUUCCUGGCUUAGCCCCAAUUCCAAGCUACAGAGGGAAGAAUCUCUUAUUGAUUCGUCAAAUACAAUGUGGAAAGGAAAGGCAUUGCAGAAUGUCUUCUCUUCAAUCCAGAGUCUCUCAGGAUAAACUGGCUGGAAGUCAUUUGCGACAUGCCCUGGACAGAGAAAAAGAAAGUCCCGAUGAGAAGCAGUUCCCUCCCCCACCCUUGCAGACAGCAGAGCUUAGGAUAGGGAUAGUAUCUUAAGUGUUUCACAGGCGAAGUGCAAUCCGCCUUCCUUUGCACGGGCUCCCUCAGCAUCUCCAGAUGGCCAUGGCAAUUCUUCCAAAUUAAAACAAACAGAAAACUUGCUACCAGGUUGAGAAGCCCUCCUGCCCCCUGCCAAGUUUCUGCCCGCUGCUGAAGAGUUUCUGGGCCAAUUGAGUACGUCUCACCAUGAACACAGAGUCGGCAUUGAAAUGGUGACAGCCAGACAAUGAGCUAGCAGAGCAGAGCGUGUGCUCCAGGCCCAGCAUCAGGGACAUUUGCCAUGGAGCUUUUUAGACUGACAGUUUUGGGUGGCACGUGAAAAUUUAACCAAGAGUCCUAUUUGGCAGGGGUUAGAGAUUCGAAAUGGAGCCUUUUUGAUAUGAAAAUCUCCUAGACAAAGGAUGUCAAUUGUGUGUCUGACUCACUUGCCAUGGCUUGAAGGAUGCAAAAUGCAACCCUUUGAGCCCUGCAGACCUUCUCCCAGAUGCGUGUCACCUGUCCCAUUGAGUCGUGACGCAGGGUACCCUAACUCCCUUCUCCCAGAAACAUGUCACCUGCCCACUGAGCCGUGAUGCAGGGCACCCUAACUCCCUUCUCCCAGAUGCGAGUCACCUUCCCACUGAGCCGUGACACAGGGCACCCUAACUCCCUUCUCCCAGGCUCAAGUCAUUCUGCCACUGAGCCGUGACACAGGGCACCCUAACUCCCUUCUCCCAGCUGAUUAGAGUCCUUAUUCAGACUCAGGCAUCAGGUGCUAAUCGUUAGAUCAGCUCAGUGCCCACAGGGGUACUUUAGCAAGACUAAUGCUAAUACUCAUUUUGCAAGUGAGAAGAUGGAGACUCUGUCCAGGGUCACAUACUUCCUUAGGCACAGAGCCAGAAACUUGCUUUCUUGGCUCUUGAUCUAGUGUCCUUUGCUGGGCAACUAGGGUUAUUAGCCACAGAUCUCCAGUCCAGAAAUAUGUCCCAAUGGAGAAGGCCUGACUGCCAAACAGGAGCUGUGGAAAAUUCAUCGUUCCUGAUGGUACAUCGGUGCUCAGCUUCCUUCUCUCCAUCUGCCACUAGUUGGGACUGAUUUCAAUUGUGUCUCCAAAAACUUUUUCCUAGGACAAGGGAGACGGUGUCUCCAUGUCACCCGGCACAAAUAAUGAGGGGCAAUGGAAGGACAAUUAGAGCCUGACAUUUUAAAGCUAAAAACCAUGGCUGAAAAAUCCUAGCUUUGCUGAAACUAGUGCCAUCAUAAUUGCAGAGAUUUUGGCCCCAUCAGUGUACACUGGCCCCUACUCCUGAGAAUCAAGUAAUCAUUCUGAGAUCAGAGCUGAGCAUGGGAGAAUCACUCACUUAUCUUUUCAAAAUAUGACUAUGCUUCUCACAACAUCCCAGUGGGAUUUUUUCACAGGACAAGCAGAAAUAUUUAAAUAUUUCUCCUUCAUUCUGAGAAGAGCUGCCUGGAAGGCCUGCAGAUGGCAGGGAGACAAGCACCUGGUCACAUGACUGGAGAAGCACAAACCCCAUUUGCAGUGAUGGGGUCCACCUUUAGAUAAGGAAGGGUAUCCAUGGCCAAAGGAACAGCAUGAGGGCUUACAAGACCAAUUCUACCAAGACUUUAGAGUUCCCGAUAUUUUCUAAUCAAAUUAGUCUUCCUGCUAUUUCUCUAUCAAAGAAAGUAAUAACUUUUUAGAAAAUCUCAAGAGGGAACUAGGACGGUAUCUGGCAAGGAAUCAUGCUUGAACAUUUCUUCCUGUGGUGGAAGAUUCUGCAGUGAAAAGACUCUGAGAUGGGCUUUGAAAAUAGUCUAAGGAAUCUCAGACUAAUCCUAAUCUGGGUAUUUCCACAAAUUAUGUGUGUGGAGAACUGUUCACUUAACAUAUGUGUUACCUAAGCAGGUAAUGGUCACCAAACCAGUUGCAACUGAAGUGGCCGACUACAGGGUCUUGAGUCGACUCAGGACCUCUGACUGGUUUCAGCUGCGGGCACUGGAGACUGGAAAGAUCAAUUUAUUUGAGGAGGAUUGAAAAAACAAAGCCAUCAAGUUUACAUUUCAAAUGCCCCCCUCGUUUUGUUUUUUUGAGAUGGAAUCUAGCCCUGUUGCCCAGACUGGAGUGUAGUGGUGUGAUCUCUACUCACCACAACCUCUGCCCCCUGGGUUCAAGUGAUUCUCCUGCCUCAGCCUCCAGAGUAGCUGGGACUAUAGGUGCAUGCUACAAUGCCAAGCUAAUUUUUUGUAUUUUUAGUAGAGAUGGGGUUUUACCAUGUUGGCCAGGCUGGUCUCGAACUCCUGACCUUAUGAUCCAUCUGCCUCGGCCUCCCCAAGUGCUGGUAUUAUAGGCAUGAGCCACUGCGCCCAGCCGGUUAUUCUUAUAGGUGAAAAUUUUCCAGGCUCAGAUACAUCCCAGAAAGCUUCCCAGUGUAUAUCCUGCUAACCUUAACCCAACAAUUCUCAACUGGGAAUGAUUUUACCCAUUAAUCUGACUAUGCAGACACUUGGCAAUGCCAGGAGACAUAUAUAUAUGCAUUUUUUUGCCACAAAUGAGGGGAUGAGGUUCUACUAGAAUCUAGUAGGAAAAGACCAGGAAUACUGCUAAACAUACUAUAAUGUAAAAGACAGCUCAUGAACAACAAAAAAUUAUCUGGUUUAAAAUGUCAAUUGUGCCAAAAUUGAGAUACUCUGCCUUGAUUGCACUAUUAGAAAGUCCAAUUGGUCUCCCAUCCAAAUACUAACCAGGGUCGACCCUGCUUAACUUCCAAAAUAGGCACAUUCAGAGUGGUAUGGCCAUAGACACUCAAAAGUGAGAGUUAAACAGUGAGAACACAUGGACACAGGGAGGAGAUCAUUACACACCAGGGCCUGUCGGGGUGGCAGGGGAGGGAGAGGGAGAACAUUAGGAUAAAUACCUAAUGCAUGCAGGGCUUAAAACCUAGAUGAUGGGUUGAUAGGUACAGCAAACCACAUGGCACAGAUAUAUCUAUGUAACAAAAGCCUGCAGGUUCAACACAUGUAUCCCAGAACUUAAAGUAAAAUUUAAAAAACAAAAACAAAAAACAGAAGGUCCAGUUGAUUCUGUCAUUUGCAUAGAUUGUUCCAAGACUGGUAGCUCAACUUAAGGGCAACUUUGCUUUCUAAAGGCAUAGCAAACCCAGUACCUCUUGGUCUCUCUCGAUGCCCUGAUUGUCUUGUAACCUGUUUGUCUUUGUCUUUCUUAUCUUCCCGCAAGCCUUUUGUACAAUCAGAAACACAACAUCCUCCUUCUUCCCUGUCCUUUCCACUUCUUCAUUCGUGUCAAGAAUGUCCCUGGUUACAUAAAUGUCAAAGAAGUCUUUGGCCACAGCCUCAAUGAUACCUGCAGCAGAAGGACACCUAUUGUCCAGGGAUGGUCAAAGGCUAUUGUAUCAGCAAAAAUCAUAAAAUAAUCAAGCUGUAAAACCUCUGAUGAAUAUUCUCAUGUUUGCCAAGCCCUGGCCCUGCUUUAAAUCAGGCAUCAGUGACAGCCAACUAAAUAAAAACAUGCAGAGACUGAAGUUA